AUUUAGUCUCAUUUUGGAGAUGAAAGAGAGGCUAGUGUCACUGAUGCAACACUCGCUGGCCUAAAGACCAAAAGUACACAUUUUAUUAGACAGCUUUUGGUGAGAAGGCUCCUUAGAUCAGGACAAAAACAAGUUCAAUUAUGCCAAGAGGAAGAGGCAAAUCAUACAAGGGCAGAUCUCGCCAUUUUACUUCAGAAGAUGAAUUAGCAAGGCAAGCCAAAGAUGUUAAAAAUUGGAGGAAAAAGCGAGAAGAAGAUGAGGAUGAAGAUGAGACUGAAGAAGGCAAAAAUGCAGCAGAUGGUGAAGAUGAAGAAGAUAGUGAUGAGGAAGUUCAAAAGCCAGACCCAGUUAGCAGUCUGAUUGAUAUUGAAAAUCCAAAUCGUGCAGCCCAAAAAGCCCAGAAAGUUGAUGCACUUGAUGUGGAAGCGAAACCAGAACUUACACGCAGGGAAAGGGAAGCAAUUGAAAAGGAGCAGGCAAAGCUGAGGUACCAAAAGCUGCAAGCAGAAGGGAAAACAGACGAAGCGAGGGCGGAUUUGGCACGAUUAGCGAUCAUCAGGAAACAGCGCGAAGAGGCUGCUAAGAAGAAAGAGGAAGAAAAACUAGCAAAAGAGAAGCAACAAGUAGCUGCAGUUGAAGCUUCAAAGGCAGCGCAGGAAGGGCGGAUGGUGGGCGGCAGUCAAAAGGCCGCACGGAAGAAGCGAAAGUAGGCCUGCGCUCGCAGUCAUAUAUUCGCACUGAAAUGGAUUUAAGUAGCGAAAUCCUGGUUUGGGAAUCGUUACUGUGUCGUUCAUUGAAUUUAAUUAUGUCGGCAAAGGACACUCAUGGUGUUUGCUGGGAAGAACAAUGUGAUCAAAGGUGUUCUUUUAUUUAAAUACUUAACCAAAAUAUCGUUCGUUAAUGCAAGUUGUCAGGACUUUUAUUUAGGCAUUCAGAAUAAAAAGCCUUGAUUAUUUAAUGACGAAGAAAUAAUGAAUUCAUUUGACUUUGACUCGUGAUGUUUCGUGAUUAUUUAUCCUAUGUGACAGAAAACCUUCAAGUUAGUUAACAGUUUUCUUGCUAUCCUUAUAAAAUGUAGGUAGAAAAAUAUUCAUUUCAAUGAGGACUAUCUUAAACCAUUCCCUUGUGUACUCUUGAAAUACUUUAAACAGCUCCUAUUGCAAGAAUGGUACUUGUAGAUUAAGUUUUGGGAAAAUGACGUCACGAAUGUAAUAUUUAUAGCCUCGCACUGCCUUUGCUUCCUAUAGACAGUUAAAACUAGCGUUGUUAACUGCCAUAGCAGAAAAAGAUGGUCUUCCUUGUUCAUUGUGCUUCUUCGUUGCUAUAAAAUGGCCUAUAGAACGUAUAAAGAUUUCUAAUGAUGAAGCUCUCAAAUAGUCCUGAAAAUGAUUCAAUACAGUCAUCCAACAUCUGUUAGUAGGAAACACUAGUUCCAGUAACAUUCUGUAUCAUUAAACAGGGAUAUAGACAGAUGGGGCCGCCGAGUACAAUGGUUGUCCUGAGAAUACAUACUCGCUAACUUUUUAGAAAACUUGCGGAAUCGUCCUUUCAGUUAAAGACAGGCCCCAUGAAAAUAUCCUUUUUUGAAAUUUUAAAGAAGACCAUUUUCGUGCAAAGUUUCUUCAUAAUAAUCAUUGAUUUGUAUUAUGUUCAGAAGUAUGAUCAGUUAUUAAAUAAAUAGUAUAGCAAGCAGUAUAAUUGGUAGUAACGAUUGGCGUGUGCGGUUAACUCCUCAUUUGAGAAUGGAGCUGAUUAAGGUGCCCUCAGAUCACAUUCAAUUGCCUUCUCCUUUUAAACCCCUCCGUGUUUCAAAUGUCUUGUUGUGUAGUGCACCGAUUUAAGUUUGCAACCCCUGUGCUCAACGAAAACUUUACAUUUGUAUCGUUUACUUAUUUGUCAAAGUUAUUUUUAUCAACUCCAGGAUAUUUCCUUUGUUCAGACCUCUCUUUUCGUUCUAUUUUUUCAUAGUAUGUUUCCCUCCUUAUGAAAUAUUAAAAGGUAAUGUAGUCUGUAUAUCUUAUGUUUCCCGAGCAAACAGCAUAAAUGAUCACAUCGAAGAAUUGUUGCUCAUUUUCUGAUGUACUUGCCUCU